AUGUCAACAUCAAAAAAGAAAUUCACAAUGACUGGAGUUUUUGAUAAUCUGUUGGACGACGAUGAGGGUUAUGAUGACUUUAGUGGACUAGAGGAACACUUUCAUAUGGAGUGGAAUAUGAAUUUAAAUAAAAAUGAUGGAAACGCUGAAUUGAACAUUUUUUAUAAUCGUCUGGAAUCUGCUGAUGAAGCUCCAGAGGCCACCGAUGAAGAAUAUUCUAUUGAAGCAGAAAUUGAUAUCAAGAUGUUUUCCAAAAACAGGAGAAUUGAAAAUAGAGAAGUGAAAAUUGAACUCAAUUUGGAGAUCACUAAAAUGAGUGGAGUUCUGGAAAGAAAAACGGUGCAUUUUGAUGAAAAAAUGAAAGAAUUAUCGGAUGUUGUACUGGUGGUUGGAGAGGAGAAGUUCUACGUCUCGAAAUUGUUUCUGUCGUUCCAAUCGACAUAUUUCAAAGCUCUUCUUCUUGGAAACUUCGAAGAAUCCAAGAAAUCAGAAGUGAUUCUUCAGGAUAUCGAUCAUUGGGAGUUUCAGAAGUUUCUAGAAGUUCUAUACGGAGGAAACGCUAUUGAUGAUGACUAUUUCGUAAGUAUUCUCCGUCUCGCCGACAUGUACGAUGCUCCAAUUGCUCGUAGGAAAUGUGAAGAGUUUCUGAUGGAGAAAUCGAAAAAAUCCUUGAGAGAAAAGCUCGAAUUGUCGAUGGAAUACAAUAUGGAUAAUGCAAAAGAAAAAUGUCUCUCUGAUAUCAAAACUAUCGCCGAUAUCCGAUCAGUUGUGCCAGAGAAUCUCGAAGAAAUGGAUCAUUCUCUCAUGGCGACACUUUUCAAAAAAUCUUUAUAUCCUCUUAAAUAA